GUCCGAGCAAGCUUCCUUACCUCUUCCUCAUGGCUCCCACACUCCAGGUUCACAAAUAAGGCCAUCGCUGCUAGGAGCUGAGCCCCGACAUCACGACAUCUCCCAGUUCUUCCGUCAGCUCCUGUUCUGCCAACGAUUUGAAGGUUAUUACUAUGUGGCUGAUGCUAGCUAUCCAAAUGUUCCGGGUUUUCUAGCCCCAUACCGUGGAGAGAGUUAUCACUUAAAAGAUUUUCGAGGCCAAGGACGAAUACGCAAUAAGCAAGCUUUAUUUAACUUCCGACACUCAUCCGUGCGUAAUGUGAUCGAGAGGUGUUUCGGAGUACUAAAGGAAAGAUUUCUCAUUCUAGACAUAUCACGUGGUUACCCAUUGAGAACACAAGUUCAAAUUCCCAUAGCUUGUUGCGCAUUGCAUAACUUCAUUCGCAUGCAAGAUAGGAACGAUGAUUUGUUCUUGGAGUACGAGGAAGAUGAUAUGAUAGUUAACACGGAGGCAAGUACAAGUGAAAAUGGAUCACUCGAAUUUGAUAUGUCUCAACAACAACAAAUGCAUGAAAUUCGAGAAAGCAUUGCAAAUGCAAUAUGGGAUGAUUAUAAUGUUUGAGAUGUCGAAGUACAACUGUUGUUCUGAUUAACAUGUCACUUGUUGAACUUUCAGUGUUGGGGAACAUUUAUGUUAUUUUUUUUGUUAUUUCAAA